AAUUCACAAGAUUUCUCCCCUUUAGUCCCAACAGGCAACAGCAAUUGUGAACCGUGAUAGCAAGAAAGCAAGCAAUGGCGAUGCUGUCACGGCUAAGCAGCCUCCAGAGAAUCUCCUCCCGAAUCCCCUCCAAAUCCGUCCUGAUUUCGCGCUCCUCCGCCACCGCCACCGCCACCACCAGCGCCACCUCCACCUCCACCUCCUCCUCGAAGAAAGUGUCGGAUCGCAUCGUGAAGUUGUUCGCGGUGGACCCGGAUGGCCACAAGCGCGAGGUGGUGGGGCUGUCGGGGCAGACCCUGUUGAAGGCUCUGACGAACUGCGGGAUGAUCGAGCCGGCCUCCCACCGCCUUGAGGACAUCGACGCCUGCUCGGCCGAGUGCGAGGUCAGCAUCGCCCAGGAAUGGCUCGAAAGGCUCCCCCCUCGCUCCUACGACGAGGAGUACGUGCUGAAGCGCAACUCUCGCGCACGCGUCCUCAACAAGCACUCCCGCCUCGGCUGCCAGGUCGUCCUCAACCAUGACCUCCAAGGUAUGGUCGUCGCCAUCCCCGAGCCCAAGCCCUGGGACAUUCCAUAAUUCUUCUCCUUUCCUGUGUUGUUCUUCGCUUUCCGUUCAAUAAAUUUGCAAAGCUCUUUUGUGUUAAGAGACUAAUUUUGUUUUGUUUGUGUUAAAAGAUUUGCCCUUUCAAGAUUUGUCAUAGUGGGCAUGUUGAAGCUUGUUACUUUCUUGUGUAAUUUAUUUGUUCUGUUAUUGCUUCCCUUGCUUUUGGGAGGUUAAUGAUGGGUUCAUGGGAUUGCUGGGGAAAGUGUAAGAGUUGAAUAGGGGAUCUUUGAAUUGUGCGCAACUAGUUGUAAGAAUGAUAACAAUGCAUUGAUGCACACUUUUAUGACAAUUCAAAUUGUUCUU